AUGGCAGAUCAGUACAAGGUUUCUGCUGCUAUUGUAGCCGAAUCCGAGAAACGAUCGUUCGUGUUCAAGAUACAUGGAUACUCAAAACUGAAGGAGCUGCUCAAGAACGGCGAGUGCGUGGCUUCUCCCCAUUUCAGCGUUGAAGGUCACAACUGGUUCCUGAGGUUUUACCCGAACGGUUACCUGGAAUAUCAUGGUGCUUUCAUAUGCCUGCUUCUUGAUGCUGUUGAUGAUAAGUCGUAUGUGAAUGCGGAAGCCAGUGAUAUUUGUGUACUUGGCGACGAUGGUCUACCGGCGCCAUCAUUAGUGGGUACCCUGUUUUCUAGUGUGCACAGUACAUAUUUGGGUUAUAAUAUACUCAGGGAGGAAUUGGAUCAGCAGUCGUGGGAUAUAAUGGAUGAAGAUGGUUGUUUAAGCAUCAAGUGUGAUCUCAUUAUCAAGAAGGAUAUUCAGAGUGAAGAAACAACCGGUAAUCAGUUUGUUCUUGUUCCUCCAAGUGACUUGCAUCGGCAUUUCGGCAACCUCCUAGAGAGCAUGGUCGGAGCAGACGUGACCUUCCAUGUCGGUGGGGAGAAGUUCUUGGCUCAUAAGUUCGUGCUCGCUGCUAGGUCGUCUGUAUUCAACGCGGAGCUCCUUGGCGCCAUGAAGGAGAGUGUCAGCACUCCGAUUGUGAUCCAUGAGAUGGAACCCGAUGUGUUUAAGUCUUUGCUCCAUUUCAUAUACACCGACUCACUGCCCGUUCUUGAGAUGGCUUGCAAUCAAGGUGAAGCACGGCCUGAUGUGGCCAUGGCUAGCCAUCUACUCGUGGCAGCAGAUAGGUACAAUGUUGAGAGGCUGAAAUUGAUAUGCGAACACAAGUUAUGCAGCCGCAUUGAUGCCAACAUGGUGGCAACCAGUUUGGUUUUAGCUCAGCAGCAUAACUGCAAUGGACUCAAAGAAGCUUGUCUACAAUUCCUCUCUUCUCCUUCCAAUUUGGAGGCGGUGGUGUUAACUGAUGGCUACGAGUAUCUAAAACUCAGCUGUCCAUCUGUCCUUAAGGAGCUCAUUGCUAGGCUUCUGCCGGUUGAAAUGAAAGCGGCCAAGGAUAUUGUCAUGGCAAUUUAG